CCAUUUCAUCUCUCUCUCUCUCUAAAGAAGUUCUGUCUCAAAAACAAAACAGAGGUUGCAAUUUGUAGUAAUUUAACGAUGAAGAAGUGGGAUUACUACGAACACAAAAACCCAUCUUUUUCCUCCACUCUUCUUGACGAAAUCUACCGAUCCAUCGACGACGGAGAGAAAAAACCCACGGGAGAGACGAAGUUCUACAGAGAAAUGCCGACGGUGAAGAAACAGAUUAAAACCAGAGCUUUUGAAGACCAAGAAAUGGCGAAUCUCCGGCGAGCUUGCAUGAUAGAGAAAUGGAUGGAAAAGAAAGUCAGCGAAAAGGCCAACGUUUAUAGUAAACAAGAACGCUACAGGAAAACGCCUCACGAUUUCGACCACGAUCGCGAUACUCUGUUUUUCACCUCAACUUCCAGUUCUUCCGAUUCCAGCUCCGGCGGUUUCUCUUCUUCCGACACUGAAUCAGUGUUCGCAACCAGAUCCUUAACCCCAUCAUCCUGUUUUGCCUCCUCAAGACUCAAGGUAAUUCGCACUGGUGCCUGUGUCCGUCCGGCGGAAACAGAGAGAAAGAAGAUUCAGUUUCAGGGAAAAAAUGACCGCAAAGUGUUAGACGAAUUUUCCAAGUCAAAAUCAAGUGGUACGAAGAAAGUGAAGCAACCAAUUUCACCAGGGGUUCGACUCGCCGGAUUAAUUAACUCCCUCUUCACCGCCGGAAACACCCGAAAGUCGAAGAACACGACAACAACAGAAACAAAAGUUAAAACAGGGGAAGAAUCCACAUGUUCAUCAGCUUCCUCAUUUGCAAGAUCGUGUCUAAGCAAAAGCUCUGCUUCUUCAAAAGGAAAUAACACAAAAAGAUCAGUUCGUUUUUGCCCAGUUAGCGUAAUCUUCGACGAAGAUUGCAGACCCUACGGCCACAAAUGUCUUUACGAAGAAGAUGGAUCGAAUCUAAUGCCGGUAUCAAUUCCCACCGCCUGGAAAAUCGGCCGCUCACCGAUUGGAAAAUCAGCGGAAAAAGAAUUAAAAUCCCAACUCACAGAGAACAGCAGAAAAGUAGAAGCUGCAGCCAGAGAGCUUAUAAAGAACUUAAACAGCAACACCCAAAACAACAACUACGACGACGAUGACGACAAUGCUAGCUGUUCAAGUUCGGAUCUUUUCGAAUUGGAACAUCUGGAAAUGAUCGGCCAACGACGGUUCAGCGAAGAACUCCCAGUGUAUGAAACAACUCACGUUGAGAAAAAUCGUGCAAUUUCAAAGGGGUUAUUACUGUAAUAGUGUUUAGUUAGAUUCGGAUUAAUUUUGUGUGUUAAUUAUAUCUUUAAUUUUGUAACUCGAAAACCAUUCAAGUUUGUUCAAUGCCAAUGUCACUACACAUUUUUCUCAAAA